AUGCGGGCCCUUCUGUCUUUUCUAUUGCCAGGACAGAGCCGACUGAGAGGGCAAAUUGAAGAGGCUCUGGACCUCUCAUUGAUCCAGCAGGAGGCUGAGAACGGAGCUCUAGACAUCAGUAAGGUAGCUCAGUUCAUAAUUGACAUGAUGGGCACCUUUUGCGCACCCUGCCGUGAUGAAGACAUCAAACAGCUGCGUGAAAUCACUGACAUUGUGCCCCUUUUUAAGUCUAUAUUUGCAGUGCUGGACAAAAUGAAGAUCGACAUGGCCAACUUUGCUGUGAGCAGCCUGCGACCUCACCUCUUUCAGCAGUCGGUGGAAUAUGAGCGGAAGAAAUUCCAGGAGUUCCUAGAGAAACAACCCAAUGCUUUGGAUUUCACAAAGAAAUGGCUCCAGGACACAGUAGAUUAUGUAACCGGUGGAGGAACAGAGGGUGGAGCAACAUGCACACCAAAUUCUGCUCAACUUCCUCUAACUAUACACAAUCAUGCCUAUUUACGCCUGUUAAAAUGGGACCAUGAUACUGAGUCUUUUCCGGAGACUCUUCUCAUGGAUCAGGGCAGAUUUCUGGAGAUGCAACAGGAGCUGGAGAAACUGGCACUGGUGGCCUCAGUCCUGCUCAUAGUCUAUAACAGUGCCGGUGAAGCCAUUUCUGGACUCCCAGGCCUCAUGGAAAGACUGAAGAAAACCAUUAAGAUUCUGUUAGCGGAGAUGCACACUUCGUCCUUUAAAGCGGAUGAAAUCUUUGCUACGGUUGCAGAGAAAUUGUGUGGGGAGCUCAGAGGAUGCUUGUCGCAGCAUGGCUUUUCCCCAUUUUCUUCUGACAGAGAGAACACGUUGAAAGGCCAAAUUGUAGCUGCGAAGUCUGCGGACAACCCCAUACGCAAGGUCAUUGACUCCCGAAUCCAGACGUACCUUCUUGGCUUCCUGGAGUCAAGCGCCCACCGGUGCGCCCCGGCUCUCCCUGGAGGUCUGACACCCAUCAGCAAAGAGUUAGAGGAGAUUUCCGUUAAGCUGGAACAUUUGGUAACCUUCAACAAGCUAGUUUACUCUCCGUUCUACCACAAGAUCCUCCAAGAUAUUCUGAAACAAGGGGAAAGUUUAGAUGUGUAAACAAAAUACCUGAAAUACUUACCACUAGUGUUCCUGGCUUUCACAUUCUGUAGCUAUGUACAAAUGAAAGUGUCUGUAAAAUAGCUAAUUAACCCCUUAAAGCUCACACGCUAACACUAACAGAUAUUUAAGGGUUAAGAGUCCUGACCUCCUCUCAUUGCAUUCUAUAUCAGGAAAUAUUUAUGAAUGUAUCAAGGCAUUUGAAUUGCCUAAAGCUUGGAUUACUUUAGGCAGUAACUCAUAACUGUUAGAAUAGUGUACUGAAAUGUAAUAGAGGAGAACCAUGCAAAAACUAUUAUUGUGUGCAACAAAAUAGAAAAAGAAUACUUGCAUUUUACAAAAGAUUCACUUCCAACAACAUUUUAAGUAGUUUCAAACAUUUGCUGUUGUAGCCUGAUCCCUUCUGUAAAGGUGUUAUUGAGGUUUCCGGUUGUGAGGAAAAGGAUGUACAGUACAGCAUUUGAUUGGUGCCUUAGUUUGUGAAGUGCCACCCAUAUUUAAGUGCACAUUUUUCUCUUUACUGCUCAUUUUAACCUACAGAUUACUCCCAUGUUGUUCCCAUGUUCACGGGACACUUGGAACACCAAGCAUGGUCUUUUUAGAGUAUUCUUGAUUUUUUAAAAACAAUGUUUCUAUCAACACUGAGCAUGUUUUUACAGAAGACAACUUCACCUCACAAGCAACUGUAUUCCCCAACAACCCCAACUGCACAUUUCUCUGUUCUACUCUCAUGAACCUCUAAGGUGUCUUAUUAAUGCAGUAUUACUAAUGGUUAUUUUAAAUGGAAUGCUGGCUCCCAAUAAAAAUGGUUAAUGGAGGUAUGU